AUGGUUGAGAGGAUUGCCAAGGAUCAGGUUCAUCAUGAGAGAACCAAGCAUAUCGAUGUAAGAUACCAUUUUCUAAGAGAUGAGAAGAGGAUUGAAGUGAAGAAGGUAGGAACAGCUGAUAAUCCUGCGGAUAUGUUCACUAAGCUGUUAUUGACUCCACUUCCAAAACCCAUCUUCAAUGUCUAUGAUCGCGUAUGGGAUUCGUACUUUAGAAACGAAUGGACCCAGAUUUCCACCACUCUCCAAGUGAACAAUUCAAACAAUUAUUCUCCACCAAAGGCAGCACUCACGACUGCUGCAACAUCUACUAAUGCCUAUGCGCCACUGACGAUAAAAUGGAAUUCGAGUAACGUUUUUAGCCAAUAUUACUUGUAUACACACUUCGCUGAGAUCCAAGAGUUGCAGACCAACGAUACCAGGGAAUUCAACCUGAAUUGGAAUGGAAAUCACUACUAUGACCUUCUAGUUCCUCCAAAAUUUAAAGUAUUUACUGUUUUUAGCGAGUCUGGGGGUAGCUGCAAAGGAGGGGAAUGCAGUUUUCAGCUGACGAGAACCAACAGAUCAACUCUUCCUCCUCUGGUUAACGCUCUUGAGGUCUUCACAGUUAUCCACUUUCCGCAGCCUGAAACAAAUGAAACCGAUGUGUUUGCUGUCCAAAACAUCAAAACCACAUAUGGAAUAAGUAGAAUUAGCUGGCAAGGAGAUCCAUGCGUCCCUCAACAGUUUAUAUGGGAUGGCUUAAGCUGUAGCAACACGGAUAUGGCUACACCACCAAGAAUCACUCAUUUGUAA